UCUCUGCAAUCUCACACACCAAACCAAAGUAAGAGUGAGCAACUUCCAACACCAUAGUGAAAUGGCUUCCAAGGCUGCACUUCUCUUGUGUUUCAAUGUUCUCUUCUUCACCGUGGUUAGCUCCACAUAUGUGCCAUGCAACCCACCCCCCAAAACUCCAAAACACCCACCUGUCCCAAAGCCACCUUCCCCAAAGCAAGCAAGUUGCCCCAAAGACACUAUUAAGUUUGGUGUGUGUGCUGAUGUGUUAGGUUUGAUCAACGUGCAACUUGGGAAGCCACCAAAGACCCCAUGCUGCAACCUCAUUGAGGGUCUCGCUGAUCUUGAAGCUGCAGUGUGCCUCUGCACUGCUCUCAAAGCUAAUGUGUUGGGCAUCAACCUCAAUGUUCCAGUGAACUUGAGCUUGCUACUCAACUACUGUGGAAAGGGUGUUCCCAAGGGUUUCGUCUGCUAUUAAUGAAUAAACACUUCUAUAAUGUGUAGUUUCCUAAUGUUAAGUAUGUCUCAAGGUUCUAUUUCGCUAUAUUCGUUAUUCAUCAUCCUUUGUACUUUGUACUUUUGUAUUCCGUAUAGCCAACGAACAUUUCGUUCGUAAUUGGUUAUUAUUAUUGUUGUGAUGGUUGAAACUUGAAAGGCUUCGAUCUUUCUUGUAGUCUCACUACUCUUGUGUAUUCUAUGUGAAAAAUUCUACUAAUAAAAACUCUACAUUUAAGCUAAUUAAAGAUGCAA